GUAUGUUAGACAUUCUCAAAACCUUCUUCUACCUAUUGCUGAUCUUCGAUCUCCUCCUUGGACAGCUGUGAGAAAACAAAAGUAGAGAAGAAGGAUUAUAUUCCUUUACAAAGCUCUAGAAGAAGUAUUAAAAGUGCAGAAGAGAGAGAAAGCCGAGCUCUUUCUUCUUUUCUUUUUGUUUUUUUGUUCUCUUUUUAGAGAGAAGGUAAGGAUCACAAGAAUUAGAGCUUGAGAAAGGCUCCACAGUCCCCUGUAGGCUACUGCUAGCUGGUUCAUUACAAUUUGUGACAGUGAAGAAGAUGACAUGGAGUAGUAGCUGCGAGGAAGACGACGGUGAUGAAGAUCAUGACCGUCGCUUUAAAGACCCCUCCAUGCCUCUGUCAGCGAUGAUCUGCCCAUCGUGUGGCCAGAAGAUCCAAGUUGAUAACCAGGCAAGCAGUGGAAUUCAAAAUUUUCCUGAGCUGCCAGCUGGAGUGAAGUUCGAUCCAACGGACCAGGAGCUUCUUGAGCAUUUGGAGGGGAAGGUGAGACCUGACUUACAGAAAUUGCAUCCCCUUAUUGAUAAGUUUAUUCCUACUAUUGAAGGAGAUAAUGGGAUCUGCUACACUCACCCUGAGAAACUUCCAGGAGUAACUAAGGAUGGACUUAUUCGCCACUUCUUCCACAGGCCUUCCAAAGCCUACACAACUGGCAAUAGAAAACGAAGAAAAGUAAACACAAAUGAACAAGGAGGUGAGACUCGCUGGCACAAAACAGGCAAAACAAGACCAAUCUAUGCAAAUAACAAAGUGAAGGGCCACAAGAAAAUAUUAGUUCUCUACACGAACUAUGGCAAGCUAAAAAAGCCUGAAAAAACAAAUUGGGUAAUGCAUCAAUACCAUUUGGGUUCUGAUGAAGAAGAGAAAGAUGGAGAACUUGUUGUAUCAAAGAUAUUCUAUCAGACUCAACCUAGACAGUGCAACUCAACAGCGUUGAAAGAUGAUUUCAAGGACGAAAAAGUUAUAGAUUGCUAUAAUUCAUCUCUUAUAUCUUAUGACAAUAGAGAGCAUCAUAGAGCUGAAGGCUCCUCUCAUUUGAUGCAUAACUUUGGGUCUCCAUUUCUGCAUUGAGAGGGUUUUUUUAUAAGAAUAUACACAAGAAUAGAAGAAGAAAUACAUAUAUCUUUAUAUACUAACAAAGUUUUUUUUUUUUUCAUUAUUCUCAACUAACUAUGUGUUGUAUAUGUGAAAAUAAAUUUGCUUGGAAUUUUGGCUGGUUGUAAAUGAGAGGAUAAAACAAUGUUCAUCUGCUUGUGUGAUAUUAA